AUGAGCAAACCAGGACUAUCAUUCGGCAUCAACCUCUCAAAAAAGCCCGGCGUAUCAAAAGCGGCACCUCCAAAACGCAAGACAGCAUUCGGCGGCGGCGACGACUCGGACGACGAUGCGACGAACACGGGAACCAAAGUCGAGACACUCGACGAGCUAGGCGGCUUCGACGCCCCGUCCUCCUCCUCAUCCAGGCAAGAGAACGGCCGAAAGACCAAGAGCAAAAACGCGCCCCCCACGAAACCUCCGACGGGAAAGGCCAAGAACCAGCAGGAAAGCGCAAUGUUCGGCGACCUCUCCAGUUCCCUCGCGUCCCGCAAACACGCCGAGAAGGCGGAGGAGCUGGACCCGAGCGUCUACGACUACGACGGCGUGUACGAGUCCUUCAAACCCACCAAGAAGACGACGACGACGCAGGAGGACGCCGAGAGGAAGCCCAAGUACAUGAGCAGCCUGCUCGCGGCGGCGUCGGUGCGGAAGCGCGACGCGCUGAUCGCGGAGGAGAAGAAGAUCGCGAGGGAGCGCGAGGCCGAGGGCGAGGAGUACGCCGACAAGGAGAAGUUCGUCACGGAGGCGUACAAGAAGCAGCAGGAGGAGAACCGGCGGAUCGAGGCGGAGGAGAGGAGGAGGGAGGAGGAAGAGGCGAAGAAGAACAAGACGGGGGGUAUGAGCGCCUUUUACAAGAAGAUGCUGAACAAGGAGGAGGAGAGGCACGCCGAGGUCGUCAAGGCCGCCGAGGAGAAGGCCAAGGCUGGACCGACUGCGGCGGCGGCGGAGGAGGACGACGGGGUACCGAAGGAGAAAUCCGAGGCGGACAUGGCGAGAGAGAUCAACGACAAGGGCGGGUCCGUUGCUGUAAACGAGGAGGGACAGGUCGUGGACAAGCGGCAGCUGCUGCGAGGCGGUCUCAACGUCGGCGCGAAGAAGGAGGCGCAGGUCAGACGGGAGGCGGAGCGGCCGCGGGAGAGCAGACCGGACCGCGGGAGCGGGACGGGCUUCGUCGGGUCCGGCGGCAAGGGGGCGAUGCGCGAGCGGCAGACGCGGAUGAUGGAGGCGCAGCUCGAGGCGGCACUCAAGCGGACCCGCGAGGAGGAGGAGGCGGAGAAGGAGAAGGUGGAGAGGGCUACGAAGACGAGGAAGACUGAGGGGGAGAUCUCGAGCGCCAAGGAGCGAUACCUCGCCAGAAAGCGGGAGGCCGAGGAGGCCAAGAAGAAGGGCCUCGCGGAGCAGUAG